AUGGCAACAGUUCAUAAGUUGAGACCAGCAGACCUUAAAGUGAUAGGGGCCCUUGGGGACUCAUUAACCGCAGCAAAUGGAGCAGCUUCAAAGUAUAUACUGGAUAUUCUAACACAGUAUCGAGGUCUUUCAUGGAGUGUUGGUGGAGAUGCAGACCUAAAAACAGUCACAACAUUAGCGAAUAUACUUCGUGAGUUCAAUCCUUCUCUCAUGGGCUUUUCCACUGGCAAAGGAACACAUCAAACAUCUAAUGCCCGCCUGAACCAGGCUGUGGCAGGAUCUCGUGCUGACGGUCUCGCAUCUCAAGCUAGAAGACUAAUUGACUUGAUGAAGGAUGAUGCUGCAAUAAAUUUCCAGGAAGACUGGAAGCUCAUAACAAUUUUCAUAGGAGGAAAUGACUUGUGUGCAUCUUGUAAGGAUAUGGAACUUUAUUCCCCUGAAAAUUUUGUGAGCAAUAUACAGACAGCUUUGGACAUAUUGCAUAAAGAGGUUCCUCGACUCUUUGUGAAUCUGGUGACAAUCCUUCACAUAGCAAAUCUGGGUGAAUUAUAUCACGAGAAAAGCAUUUCCUGUCCAAGAGCACUUAUGAGGUCUCUGUGUCCAUGUCUUUUAAAUUAUGAUGCUAACUCCACUGAAAUUGAGGCACUGGAAGCCAUUAACAAAAAAUAUCAGGAGGGUACUCACCACUUAAUUGAGACUGGAAGGUAUGACACAAGGGAAGAUUUCACAGUGGUUGUGCAACCAUUUUUAGAAGGAACAGCCAUGCCUAAGACUGGGGACGGGCUGCCCGAUGCCUCAUAUUUCGCCCUAGACUGCUUUCACUUUCAACAAAAGACUCACUCUCAAGCUGCUCGUGCUCUGUGGAACAACAUGAUGGAACCCCUUGGAGAAAAAACAAAUGCACAGAUACUUGAAAAUGAAAUAACUCUCAAAUGUCCAAGUCAGGACAAGCCUUACUUAAGGACAUACAAAAACAGCUACUAUACUUACCCCACUCAGCCCCUCAGGGUUUAUGGAAGCCAGAUGCUGUGUAAGGACAGAGCUCCAUCUGUCAACUCCACUGUUUCAGUGCAUAGCCUGAAGCCAGCUGACGUGCAAGUAAUAGCGGCCCUGGGGGAUUCCUUCACUGCUGGUAACGGCAUUGGAUCAAAACCAAACGACAUGUUGGACUUGAAUACACAGUAUCGGGGGCUGGCUUGGAGCAUUGGAGGAGAUGCCUCAUUAAGGAAUGUAACUACUUUAUCCAAUAUCUUUUCUGAGUUCAACGCCAACCUCACUGGUUAUUCUACGAGCACAGGUGGCCCAAGUGACCCAAUCUCCUUUCUCAAUCGGGCAGUCCCAGGAGCACAGGCUGAGGACUUGUCAGACCAAGCAAAGCAACUUGUGAAAUUAAUGAAAAAUGACUCGAGAAUCAACUUUGACACUGACUGGAAGAUCAUAACUGUUUUCAUUGGAAUCGAAGAUCUGUGCAGCUAUUGCAAAGACAUUAAUCACUAUUCUGCAGCAAACUUUUCAAGUCACAUUCAAAAAGCACUUGAUAUUCUCCAUGCAGAGGUACCUAAAACUUUGGUUAAUCUUGUUGAAGUGAUGGACUUCCUUCCUUUGAGGGAACUGUUUCUGAAUAGCCGAUUGCCAUGCUCCACACGGGUAGCAGAAGAAUACUGUAGCUGUAUUCUUCCUAUUCAAGAAGGUUCGUCUGAGCUAGUGAUGAUGACAGAAGCUGUGAAAGCCUAUCAGAGCAGCAUACAAAAACUGGUGGAGACGGGCAGGUAUGACACCCAAGAAGAUUUCACGGUAGUACUUCAGCCUUUCCUCCGAACCAUCAGUGUGCCUCUUCUUCAGGGUGGCCAUCCAGAUAUCUCCUUCUUUGCACCUGACUGUUUUCACCUGAGUCAAAAAUCACAUUCCCAGCUCUCCAGAGCCCUCUGGAACAGCAUGCUUGAGCCAUUAGGGAACAAAACAGUUUCCUUUGACUUUAUGGCUAACAUUACCCUGAGCUGUCCAACCAUGUCCCAACCUUUCCUGGGAACCUACAAGAACAGCAAUUACACAUAUGCACCUCUGGAGCCAACAAAGAAGCCUGAUCAGAACUGGGGUAGUGACCUGUCAUGCCCUGGACAAACUCCAUCCGAAGAAGUCCCAACCUCAGUGCACAAGCUGCGGCCAGCUGACAUCCAAGUAGUAGCGGCACUGGGUGAUUCCUUGACGACUGCAGUAGGAGCCCUAGCAACUGGACUGAGUGACCUGAAAACACCUUGGAGAGGACUUUCCUGGAGUGCUGGAAGUGACGGAAGCUUGGACAGUCACACAACUUUACCUAAUAUUCUGAAAAAGUUUAAUCCAAACCUCUCUGGCUUCUCUACUGGCACCGAGAAGGAAACGGCGGGAUUCAACAGAGCAGUGGGAGGAGCCACGGCACUGAAUCUCUCAGCCCAAGCGCUUGAACUGAUAGAACUAAUGAAAAGCAGUGCGGAUAUCAACUACCAGGAAGACUGGAAGUUAGUCACCGUUUUAAUUGGAUGCAACGAUCUGUGUCAAUAUUGCUUAGACAAGGAGACUUAUUCAGUGGAAAAAUAUGUACAACACCUCCAAGACUCCCUUGAUAUCCUUUACGCAGAGCUCCCGCGGGCCUUUGUCAACGUGGUAGAGAUCAUGGAGCUCACCGGGCUGCGUCAGAUAGAGAGGGAAGCAUCCGGAUGUGUUCUUUCAGGGGCAAGCCUGUGUCCAUGCUUUCUAAACCCUCAUGAAAAUUCCCCCGAACUUCAAGAAAUGCAAAGAGUUAACAAAGACUUCCAGGAGAGAAGCACAGUGAUGAUCAACGGCAGUCGCUAUGACCAGCGGGAAGAUUUCGCCGUUGUUGUGCAGCCAUUUUUCCGAAAUACCAACAUGCCGCUGGAUAGCGACGGGAAACCAGAUCUGAGCUUCUUCGCUGUGGACUGCUUCCAUUUCUCAGCGAGAGGCUACGCAGGCAUGGCCACGGCACUCUGGAAUAAUAUGCUGGAGCCAGUUGGACAGAAGCAGCUCUACAAUAACUUUUCUUAUGAAAGGUCGACACUCAAGUGUCCAACCUUGGAACACCCUUUUCUUUUCACAUCAAGAAACAGUGGAUGGAAGGGUUCAGGAAGCGCAUCAGAGAACAAUAGAGCUGUGGUCCCUUACUGGGCUGUAAUUGUGGCAGUAAUAGCUGGAAUCUUGGCAGGCUCCCUGAUUGUUUGGGGUUUGAUGGCUCAGCGAGUCAGGAAGCACCCACGGGCAGCCAACACAGGAACUGAACCGAAAUCAACAUCCUUUUAA